UUAUCACACAUUCUAACCAUUCAAGUGAUGAGGCCAACCUCAACCUUACAUCUCAUAUCCUCACUCUACCAAUCACCCUUAUAUUUACUUAGGCAACGUCUACACAACUGAACAUCCUGUGAACUGAGGGGAUAGACGGAGAGUAGCUAGUUUCUCUGUUUUCUUUUUCUUGCAUCCAAAUGGCAUCUGCUACUCUCCUCAAGUCUUCAUUUCUCCCUAAGAAAUCAGAAUGGUUUGGGGCGAAGGGUGCUUCAAAUAGCCAGCCUUUGGCUGUUUCGUUCACCGUUCGCGCUGGCGCUUACUCCGAUGAGCUUGUCAAAACUGCGAAAAGCAUAGCAUCACCAGGAAAAGGAAUCAUGGCCAUGGACGAAUCCAACGCAACCUGCGGCAAGAGACUGGCCUCCAUUGGCCUUGAGAACACCGAGGCCAAUCGACAGGCUUACAGGACUCUACUGGUCUCAGCACCUGGCUUGGGUCAGUACAUCUCUGGUGCAAUCCUAUUCGAGGAAACUCUGUAUCAGUCGACCGUUGAUGGCACAAAGAUGGUUGAUGUUCUUACUGGUCAGGGUAUUAUGCCUGGGAUCAAGGUGGACAAGGGUCUUGUGCCACUUGCAGGCUCGAAUGAUGAAUCCUGGUGCCAAGGACUGGACGGACUUGCGUCCCGCUGUGCUGCUUACUAUCAGCAAGGCGCUCGCUUUGCCAAAUGGCGUACAGUGGUCAGCAUCCCCAACGGGCCAUCAGCUCUUGCAGUGAAGGAAGCUGCAUGGGGCCUUGCUCGUUAUGCUGCCAUUGCUCAAGACAAUGGGUUGGUUCCAAUAGUCGAGCCUGAGAUACUUCUCGAUGGUGAGCACGGAAUUGACAGAACCUUCGAGGUUGCACAGAAAGUGUGGGCUGAGGUUUUCUUCUACUUAGCCGAGAACAAUGUCAUGUUCGAAGGAAUCCUACUGAAGCCCAGCAUGGUGACCCCUGGGGCUGAAUGCAAAGAGAGAGCAACUCCUGAACAGGUUUCUGAGUACACCCUGAAACUUCUCCACAGAAGAAUCCCCCCAGCUGUUCCUGGAAUCAUGUUUUUGUCUGGUGGUCAAUCUGAAGUUGAGGCAACGCUGAACCUGAACGCAAUGAACCAGAGCCCCACCCCAUGGCACGUGUCAUUUUCCUACGCCAGAGCGCUGCAGAACACAUGCCUGAAGACAUGGGGAGGUGUGCCUGAGAAUGUGAAGGCUGCUCAAGAUGUGCUGCUCACGCGUGCCAAGGCCAACUCGCUCGCUCAGCUUGGCAAGUACACAGGCGAAGGAGAGUCCGAGGAAUCCAAGCAAGGGCUAUACGCCAAGAACUACAGCUACUAAGAAUUUGAAUAUAUUGUUUAAAAUGAUGUUGAAACUUUGAUCUCUAGGUGUUUGUGGAUGGAUGUGGAGCUAUGUUUGAGACUAAGUCUUGUACCCCUUUUAUGGGGUGAGUGCUGUUAUAUUGUUGUUAGCCUUUGUUGAAUGUAAAAGAUAUAGGCUACUCUUUCAUACGUUUGAAGUUUAGUUUUCAUAAGGUGCUUAUGUAUGGAGGCAUAUUUUUCUUA